UCGACCACCGCCUCACCCCCGCCCGCCACUCACUCCCAUGGCCCUCAGUCUCCUCGCCAUGCCCAGCACGUCGCGUGCCGGCGCCGCCCUCGCGCACGCCCUCCGUGCCGCCCCGCGCCGAACACUACACGUCACCCCGCGUGCCGCUGUCGCGCACUUUGACACACAGCUCCUCGUCGAGCGCCUGCAGAAGCACGGCAUGACGCGCGAGCAGGCCGAGGGCGUCAUGACUGUGCUUGCCGACGCUGUCGACGAGAGUGUGCGCGGUAUGGAGGCCGGGCUGGUCAGCAAGGCCGAGCAGGAGAAGCAACGGUACACGCAAAACGUCGACUUUGCCCAGCUCAAGUCGGAGCUGCAGCUGCACGAGAAGAACGACCUGACGCUCAUGAAGGCCGAGAACGACCGGCUGCUAGCCGACGUCGAGAAGCUCAAGCAGCGCCUGCGGGAGGAGGUGACGCGCACGCAGGCGGGCGUGCGGCUCGACCUCAACCUCGAGAAGGGGCGCAUUCGGGACGAGUCGGCACAGCAGGAGCUCAAGAUCAAGGAGGUCGACACGCGCAUCGAGUCGGAGAUUGCCGGCCUGCGCACGCAGAUUGAGCAGGCAAAGUUUAGCAUCCUCCAGUACCUCGUCGGUGUGGCGACUGGUUCGGGCGCCCUGCUGCUCGCGUACAUGCGCAUGAUGGUGACGGUAGUACAGUCAGUCGGCUAUGGCCGGCCCGAGAUCUUGUAGACGAAUAGAUGAUGUACC